AUGAACGAUGAAUGUGUCGUGGUGAAGCGUCACCACGACUGCGAGACCAAGAGUGAUUGCGAGAACGUCGUGGUGAAACGUCACCACGACGAUGAGAUGAAGAGUGGCGACGAGAACGUCGUGGUGAACGUGUAUCACCACGACCACGUGAACGAGAAAGUCGUGGCGAGCGUGUGGCACCACGAACUCGAGAACGCGAGUGGUGUCGCCAGCUUGACGCUCCACGAUUAA